AUGGGUUUUGGAGUCAAAUGGUCUGGAUGGAUGAUGGAAUGUGUUUCUACGGCGAGAGCGGCUGUUCUUGUAAAUGGUUCGGCUUCGAACGAAUUCUAUUUAGGCAGAGGAUUGCGACAAGGUGAUCCCUUAUCCCCUUUCCUGUUUAUUCUGAUUACAAAAGUGCUUCACUUGUUGUUGGAAAAGGCUGGGGCGUUAGGGUUAAUAAAGGGUAUUCAUGGGGUUAUCCCGGGCUAUACGACCAUGCAUUUACAGUUUGCAGAUGAUACUAUCUUGUUUUUAAAAGCAGAGGAACAGGGGGUGGAAAACAUGAAAUUUAUUCUACGGUGCUUUGAGGAUUUUGGAAGAGAAUAUUCAACUGGUGGGACAUCGGCUGGUUAG